ACGUCAUUCAGUUGACACUUUCGUGCGUGACGUCACUGCUGCGCGUGCCCUCCGCUGCCAAGAGCUCAGGGUCACCAACCUCACCGCUGCGUCAACUCCACCACCAACAACCACAACGACAACCACAACAACAACAACCACCACAACAACAACCACAACAACAACCACCACCACCACAACAACAACCACCACCACUCCACCAACAACAACCACCACUCCACCACCACCUCCACCACCUCCACCACCACCACCACCACUCCACCACUACCACCACUCCACCACCAACAACCACAACAACAACAACCACCAACAACAACCACAACCAUCAUCUGCAGGACGAUGGCGAACGCUGCCCUGCUCAGAGCCUCCACAGCUGGGAAGGCCGUCAGUGAAGCCUGGGCUCGCCUAGGGAGUCGUGGGCUCCUCACAUCGGCCGCCCUGCAGCACAGCGGUGACGUCAUCAAGCCUGAAGGUCACUACAAGGUCACCGUCAUUCCGGGCGAUGGAGUCGGUCCGGAACUCAUGAACUCUGUUCGUGAAGUCUUUAAGGCGGCUGCAGUUCCCGUGGAGUUGGAGGAGCACCAUUUGAGUGAAGUUCAGGACCAAGCAUCUGGGGACCGGCUUAACGAGGUGGUGAAGUCACUCGACCUAACGCGUGUAGCCCUCAAAGGUAAACUCUACACCCCUAUGGAGCACAAAGGUGACCUGGCGUCCUACGAGAUGAAGCUACGUCGUCGCCUGGACCUCUUUGCUAACGUUGUCCGCUGCAAGUCCCUGCCAGGCUUCACCACUCGCCACAACAACCUGGACCUGGUGGUCAUCCGGGAGCAGACGGAGGGCGAAUACAGCUCCCUCGAGCACGAGAGCGUGCCGGGUGUGGUGGAGUCUCUCAAGAUCAUCACCCGCGACCGCUCCCGGCGAAUCGCCAAGUUCGCAUUUGACUACGCAACCAAACAUGGACGGAGCAAAGUAACAGCCGUUCACAAGGCGAACAUCAUGAAACUUGGGGAUGGCCUCUUCCUGCAGUGUUGUGAGGAGGUGGCUGCCCUCUACCCCCUCAUCAAAUACGACACCAUCAUCAUAGACAACUGUUGUAUGCAGUUGGUGUCUAACCCAUACCAAAUGGACGUGCUGGUAAUGCCAAACUUGUACGGCAACAUCAUUGACAACCUCGCGGCUGGGCUGGUCGGCGGAGCCGGCGUGGUGCCGGGGGAGAGUUACAGCAGCGAGCACGCCGUGUUUGAGACGGGUGCUCGCCAUCCGUUUGCCCAGGCGCUGGGUAGGAACAUUGCCAACCCGACUGCCAUCCUCCUGUCAUCCUCCAACAUGCUGCGACACUUACAUAUGGAGUACCACGCUAACAUGAUCUAUGAUGCGGUACGCAAGGUCAUCAAGACAGGCAAGGUCCGUACCGCAGACAUGGGAGGCUACGCGUCCACCACGGAGUUCACAAGGAAUGUGAUCAGCACCAUGGAGACCUGAGACACGGGGAGACACGGGGGGAGACAUGGAGACACGGGGAGACACGGAGACACGGGGAGACA